AUGGCCAGCACACCGUCGCAAACUUACAUACCGAGCAAGGUCGCCAAGACCGACUAUCCGCUCAUCGACAAUGACCCGCACUUUAAGCGAGUAAUCCGGUAUGCUCGGCCAUCCGACUACGCCCAUGGCGCCGUUGCCGCCGCCGCAGGCCCUGGUCUUCUCCUCGCCAUGGAGAAAUUCGCGCCUUCACACGUCGGAAGAGGAGGAUUUGCUCAGGCCAUGCGACUAGGGGGCUUUAUCGGUGUGGCGGGUGGAUUCCUAUACUUCUACCAGAGGUCAAUUUUACGAUUCUACGGCAUGUCUGAGAACGCGCGCGAGGUCGAGAUGGACAUGAAAGAGAUGGUCGCCAAAGUCAAGGCUGGAGAGCCAAUCUACGGAAACAGCCAAUUGACGCCAAAUAUGCAGGGUGUGGCCGCGAGACAGUCUAGAUACUCAGCCCUGUUCAUGGCCGUGAUGCCAUGGUUCAACUUUGUCAACCACAAUCAACACGGCGUCGACACUGCCAAGUACUAUCAACAAGCAGAGCGGGAGCUCGAGGCGGAAAGGGCAGCCAAGGGACAAUGA